AUGUUUUCUCUAGCUAAAUUAGCGUACUGCGUUUGCGACGACGAUGAUAGAACAUUUUAUAAUAAUUUAGAGACAUUAAUAAUCGAUAUUCAACCUUGCUGUAUCGAUGUAUUGAGAUACCUAAAGAAUGAGACAAGAUCAAAUGUUAUGGAUGUUGAUUUUUACUCUGACGCCGACUCAAUGAAUGAAAAGGCCGCUGCCAGUGGACAUUUGGAGUGCUUGGCGUUCGCCGAAAGCCGCGGGUUUCCAUGGACGCAAACCAUAUGUGCUCAGGCGGCUGCUAAUGGACGGCUCGAGUGCCUUAAGUACGCACGCGACCAGGGCUGUCCGUGGGAUGUGUUGGUGUGUGAGUACGCCGCAGCCAACGGCCAUUUGGAGUGCCUGCGGUAUGCGCGGGAACAGGGCUGUCCGUGGGAUGAGAUCGUGUGCGAGAAAGCGGCUGGCCGUGGCCAACUCGAGUGUCUGGUGUACCUCCAGGAUAAUGGGUGUCCAUGGGACGCGUCCACGUGUGAGGCGGCCGCGGCCGGUGGGCACAUUGACGUUCUGCGGUAUGCACGUGACCACGGCUGCCCAUGGGACUCAUUCACGUGCCGAGAAGCUGCAGCCAAUGGCCACCUAACGUGCUUGGCAUAUGCCCACGAAAACGGCUGUCUAUGGGAUAGCACGACGUGCGAAGCGGCCGCAGCUGGUGGCCAUCUUCAUUGUCUGAUGUACGCUCACGAUAACGGUUGCUUGUGGGACAUAACUACGUGUGACGAGGCCGCGUCAAACGGACACGACUCAUGUCUGGAAUAUGCACUAGAAAACGGUUGCCAGUGGGAUGGAUGCAUUCCAUGA